AUGUAUGUGGAAGUUCGCGAAUUGGUCAACUUUUUGAGCAGAUAUCUUUUUGGCAAGCAGCCAAGACGUCCAGUAAGUUGGAAAAUUUCAGAUUUUUUGUCUGAAAAUUAAAAAUCGAUAAAUUUUUGCAGACUGGAAUCUUCUCUGCGGAGCUCGGCAACUUUUUGGUGGCUCAUUAUGCGGGCAGCGGAUGGAAUAUCAUGGAGCCGAAAGUUGGUGAGUUUUGGAGGAGAAAUGGACCACCCACGAUGACAAAUGGUGAAAUUCGAGUUAGGAUACUCUGGAAACCGAUUUUUGCAAAAAAGACCACCCACGAAGCAUUUUGAACUGAAAAUUAGGAUUUCUGUUGGAAAAAUGAGUUUGAGACCACCCACGAAGCUCUAGGAGCUGAAAUUUGAGAUUUUCAUCAAAAAUCUUGUUUUGGACCAUUCACGAAGCUCUUGGACCUGAAAUUUGUGAUUUUCAUGGAAAAUCUUGUUUAGGACCACCCACGAAGCAUUUUGAACCGAAAUUUAGGAUUUUUGUUGUAAAAGUGAGGUUGGGACCACCCACGACGAAAGCUAGAAUAAUUUAUUUAGACCACUCACGAUGAAAAAUACAAAAUAGUAAUUUUGCAGGCGAAAAAGAGCGUUGCAUUCUGAUCAAAUGCAAAACUGGCACAACGAAUUUCAUCGAAAUCGCAAUUCGCGAAUCCGGUUUGGAUUAUCGCGAGGUUAUGGAUCUUUUUCCAGGUGAGACCCAUUUUUGGCGGCGGGAAAAAGGACCACCCACGAUGCAAAAACCCAAUUUUUUGCAGACAAUUUCCGAAUUUACGCAAAUCCCGGACAAGUUUUCGCACGGUUGAAUGAUAAUGGAAUCGAUAUUCCGAUUUGGAUUGGAGAUGUGAAUUCGGAUGAAAAGUUGGUGUUUUGGGUGAAAAAUUGUGCAUUUUGAACCCGGAUUCGUGAUUUUCAAACAAUUUCGAGGCAAAAACCUGCUUUUUUGAAGAAAAAAACCUAGUCAUUGCUCAUUUCAAUACUAAUAUGAGCAAUGGUUCGAAUUUGGCGUAAAAUCACUGUUAAAUUCCAGAAAUAUCAGAAUUUUCAAGAAAUUCAAGUAAAAUUUUGGAGCAUUGCUCAUGUCAGCCUAAAUUAAUUGUACUAAAAAUUCCAAUUCAAUACUAAUAUGAGCAAUGUUAUUUUUUGCAGCUAUCAACCAAUUCCUGAAUAUAUUGUCAGCGCUGCCAGCACUCAAGCUGAUAAUUAUUCGAAUUUUGGAGCUGCUGGAAAACCGAUUUUGAUCGGAAGAAAACCGUUGCCAAUUUCAGAUAGAGGUCAGACAGAAUUCCAGCCUUUUUUCUGAAAAAAAUGCAAUAUUCUGAAAUUUUCAGCGGUUCAAGAGCUCAUCAAUGGAUUCUAUGUUCCUCUGGCUCUUGAAGAAUCAGAUCUUCAAGAUGCGAAUUCGAAUCUUCAUCCGAUUCAAGUUUAUCGUCAUCGAUAUGUUUUCAAACCGCCUUCGAGUCAAACUUUUACUGGGUUGGAAUUCAGUCAGACAAGAUUUGGAAGUAGCAAGUUAGUUUGGCUUUAAAUUUGGGUUUUCAUGAGUUUUGAGCUGAAAAUCAAGUUUCUAGGCUCAUUUUUCAUGAAAAAUUCAAAUUUUCACCCAAAAUUCCUCAAUUUCUAGAUUUUGGCAAGGAGUUAGGCUAAAUUCAAGAUAGAGGCUUAAGAUAAGCUCCAGAGACCAAAAAUCAAGCUCAAUUUUAAAAACGAAAAAUUCAAAUUUGUUGAGCAAAAUUCACAAAAACCCUCAAAAAUCAUGUUUCUAGACUCAUUUUUCAUGAAAAAUCCAAAUUUCCCCACUAUUUUCACACAAAAUUCCAGAUUUUGAGAAGGAGUUAGGCUAAGUUCAAGGUAAAUAGUGGCUUGAGAUGAGCCCCAGAGGCUGAAAAUCAAGCGCAAUUUUAAACCCGAAAAAUUCAAAUUUUAUUUAGCGAAAUCCUCAAAAACCCCAGUUUCUAGGCUCAAUUUUGACGAAAAAUCCAAAUUUCUCCUUUAUUUUCACCCAAAAUCCCUCAAUUCACAGAUUUCGGCUAGGAGUUAGGCUAAGUUCAACAUAAAUGAGCUCCAGAGACCGAAAAUCAUGUUUCUAGACUCAUUUUUCAUUAAAAAUCCAAAAUUUCCCACUAUUUUCACACAAAAUUCCUCAAUUUCCAGAUUUUGGAAAAGAGUUAGGCUAAGUAUAAUAUAGAGGCUUAAGAUUAGCUCCAGAGACCAAAAAUCAAGAAAAAUUCAACUUUGUUGAGCAAAAUCCACAAAAACCCCUGUUUCCAAGCUCAUUUUUUCAUGAAAAAUCCAAAAUUCCUCAAUUUCCAGACCGCGCCCCGAUCUUCAAACAAUGUUAAACAUCAAACAAGUGACUGCAGCUGCCGCAUGCUCAUCUUCACCACCAAAUGAGUCAACAAAUGGAGUUACGGCAACUGGAGCAACAACCAUCAAAAAGGCGGAUAUAGUUAGCUCAUCUGCUUCGUCAAAUGUUGAUACAACUAUUUCAACAUCCUCAAAUGAGCAAUUUUAUAGCAUUUUUUAG